AUGCUUUCUCUCCAUCGCUCCUCUCUUCAGUCCAGAGUCCUGAACAGCAGCAGCAGUCCAUCUCUGUGUGUCUCCUCAGACAGCGUCCUCAGUCUGGACCUGUCCUCGCUGCUGUCUGUCCUGUCUCAGACGGAGAGCGCCCUGCAGUGGAGACAUGAGGAACUGCAGCGGGCGGAGCUGUCCCAGCGGCGGGUCAGUGAGGAGAAAACAGCUCUGCAGCUGCGACUGAAACAGCUGGAGGACGACAACCAGCAGCUGCAAACACACACACAGCACACGCAGCUGGAGCUCACACACACUCUGGACAUACUGAGCAGGGAACAGGAGGCGUCGUCUUCCCUGCGUCUGCAGGUGGAGGAGGUGCAGCGGAGGGAGGAGGCGGUGAAGAGAGAGAACAACAGACUGAGGAGGGAGAGAGACAAACAGGAGGAGAGAAACAGACAGCUGGAGACGGAGACACAGAGACGAGUCGAGACUGAGCUGCUGGAGAACAUCCACCUGACGGAGAGGGAGAGUCUCCAGCGGAUGGAGGUCCACACUCUGAGGGGGGCAUUGGAGAGAGAGCAGCUGGACAAACAGAGAGCAGAAGACGAGGCUGCUGAUGCCAGAGACGCCCUGCAGCAGUCCAGGGAGUGUGUGCUGCGUCUCUCGUCCUCCGAAUGUGUGUUGAAGCGGGAAGUGGGCGAGGGACGGGACGCUCUGGACAAGAUGGCCGCCCUGAACUCGGCUUUGGCGUCAGACAAGAGAGAGCUGAACAAACAGCUGCUGCAGCUGGAAGGUGAGCUGUCAGACAGCCAAUCACAGCUGCAGGCCCUGAGGUCAGAGGUCAGCUCUCUUCAGAGAGAGGUCCAGACGCGGGACACGGACUGCAGCCGGCUCAGAGCUGAGACGGAGCUGCAGGCCGACGCCAUCCACCUGCUGAGAGAGACGGAGACGGAGAUGAAGAGAGUGAUGGAGGAGAAGGACAGAGACUUGGUCUUCCUGGUGGAGGAGAGAGAGAGGGAUGAACGACAGCGGGACGAGCUGUCCUCCCAGCAUGCCGCGACGUGCGGGGAGCUGAAGGAGCUGCGGGAGCAGCUUCGGCAGAUGGGCGAGGAGCUGAGGAGGAGAGACAGGCAGCAGGAGGAGCAGCAGAGAGAGAGCAGGAGGCUGCAGGAGGAGCAGGACAGCCUGCAGAGACACCGGAGACAGCUGGAGGACGAGCUGCAGGAGCUCAGGUCUCUGUCGGUGUCUGUCCACCAGCAGCUCAGUCAGCAGCAGAAGCAGCUGUCACAGUCAGAGGUGGACACAUGUCAGCUGAACACACACGUCCACGCUCUGCAGCAGGCCAAACACACCUUACAGGGAGAGAUCGAGUGUCUGAGAGGAGAGCUGGAGCACGAGACCACCAGGAGACAGAGGAGCGAGGAGGAGAGGGAGGCGCUGAAAGAGGAAAUGGAGAGGCUGGCAGGCAAGGUGGAGGAGCUGAGGAGACGGGAAGAGGAGGACGAGGAGAGAAGGACGGAGAGAGAGGCCUGGCAAAGGGAGAGGGAGGCUCUCAGCGAGGAGCUGGGGACGAGGGACGGAGAGGUGGAGGCGCUGAGAAGGCGCCUGGAGGGACUGAUCGAAGAAAAGGAGGAGAGACAUAGGGAGGUGGAGAGACUGAGGGAGGAGGUGACAGAAAGAGGAGAGCAAAUCAGCCACAUGAUGGACAGAAUACAGAGAGUGGAAGGAGAGAGGGAGAAACUGGAGGAGGAGGCGAAGAGGACGAAGGUCAUGUUGAGAGAGAAGGAGGAGAGGAGGAGGGAGGACGAGACGCAGAGGGAUGGAGAGAUCGAAGCGCUCUGUGACCGCAUGGAGAGAUUAGAAAAAGAGAAGGAGGAGAGGAAGGAGGAGGUGGAGAGGUGGAAGACGAGGGUGGAAGAGGUGGAGGAGGAGGUAAACAGACUGAGAAAAGAAAACUCCCAACUACAGGAGGACAGAGAGGAAGAGAAGAGAAAGGAGAGACUGCAAAAUGAAGGAGAGGAGAAGAGGAGGGAGGAGGAGCUGGAAAGAUUGAGGGGUGAGGUGAGGACAGCAGGGGAGGAGGCGGAGAGAUUGAGGGGUAGAGUGAAGGAGGUGGAGAGGGAGAGAGAGGAGGAGAAGAGAAAGAAGGAGGGACUGCAAGACGAAAAGGAGGAGGUUGUAGGGGGACUGUUGGAGAGACUGAAGGAGAAGGUGGGGGAGGUGGAGCUGCUGAGGGUGAAGCUAAAUGUGGCAAAGGAGGAGUGUGAGGAGAUGAAACAGGAGGUGGAGCGGAAGGAGUGUAGCCUUGAACGUCAGAUGAGUGCCGUGAGGGAGAGGGAGGAGGUGGUGGAGGAGCUGAAGCAGCGACUGAAGUUGGUGGAGGAGCGGGAGGAGGAGGGAGCGAGGGAGCACCAGGAGGUGAAGCAGGAACUGAAGCAGAAGGAGGUGAGAGAGGAGCAGCUGGAGAUGCUGCUGAGAGAAACCAGGGCUCUCCUGGAGAAAGAGAGGAGGGAGGAAGGAGAGAAGGAUGACAGGAUCUCCUCCCAGGCCAAGGAGCUGCAGGAGGCUCAGGCUGAGAGCGAGAGAGCGAGGAGGAGAGCCAGACAGAAUGAGGAGAUCCACAACAGGUUAGAGGAGGAGGUGAAGGAGUGGCAGGAGAAGGCAGAGAGGAGCACAAAGGAGUCGGCAAAGCUCAGCCAUUUCCUGAAGGAACUACAGGAGGAGGCGCAGCAGCUAAGGGCCGCGCUGGAGGAGAGGGAGGAGGAGGAGGGGAGAGAGAAAGAGGGCCUGAGGAGAAUGGAGGAGGAAAGGAGGAGGCUGGACAUCAAGCUAAUGGAGGUGGAGGAAGACAAGAAGAGGCUGGAGGAGAAACUGAGGGAGGCUGUGGAGGAACGAGAGGAAGAGAGAGAGGCACUGAGGAGAGCCAGGGAGGAGAGGAGGAGGUUUGAAGACAGUUGGGAGGAGGUGAAAAAUGAAGUGAAGGAGAAAAGAGAGGAGUUGAGGAGGACAGAGGAGGACAAGAGGAGGCUGGAAAACAGAUUAAAGGUGAUGCAGGAGGGGAGAGAGAGUGAGGAGGAGGCACUGAGGAGGGUGAGGGAGGAGAAGAGGAGGCUGGAGGAUAAGCUGAGAGAGAGGGAGAAAGAAAUGGAGAGACAGAGGGAGGUGCUGAGGAGUAAAGAGGAGGAGAGUAGGAGGCUAGCAGAUGAACUGAAGAAUUCCAAAGAACAGCGAGGGAGAUUAAUAGAUACUGAGAGAGAGCAGCGCCUCCUCGAGGAGGAGAGAGGGAGGUCUGUGGUGAGAGUGCUGGAGGAGGAGAAGGCAGGACUGUUGGUGGAGCUGACGAGGAGAGAGAGGGAGGUGGUAACUCUGAGAGAGGAGGUACAGAGGGACAUGGAGAGGGCACAGGAGGAGCUGAGGAGGGGCAGAGAGGAGGUGUCUGUACUUAGAGAUGAAAUAACAAGGGAACACAGGGAGAAGGAGGAGACACAGGAGAACCUGAGGAGGACUGAGAAGGAGGUGGCAGCUCUCAGCGAAGCAGUGAAAAUGGAACAAAGGGAGAAGGAGCAGAUACAGCAGGAGAUGACAGUCCUCAAGGGGGAGCUCCAGAAGGAGCAAAGGAGGAGGGAGGAGACCCAUGAGAAGUGGAGGCAGGGGGAGGAACUAAGGAGGAGUGAGAGGGAGGUGUCUGCACUUAGAGAGGAGAUACAAGAGGAACAAAGAAAGAAGAAGGAUGUGCAGCAGGAGCUCAUGAAGAAGAGUGAAGAAGUGACUGCUCUCAGAGAGGAGGUGCAGAGGGAGUGGAGCCAGAGGGAGGAGGCACAGGAGGAGCUGAGGAGGACCAAGAAUGAGUUGACAGUCAUCGCGGAGGAGACGCACAAGGAACAAAGGGAGAAGGAGCAAACUCAGGAGAUGCUGCUGAAGACACAGAAGGAGGUGAUAGCUCUGGGACAGGAGGCGCAGACGGAGCGGAGGAGGAGGGAGGAGGUGCAGGAGGAGCUGAGAGGAGCGCAGCAGAGCGUGGAGGUGAUGGCGGUGAACCUGAGCUCCCUGCAGAGUCAGGUGUCUGAUCUCAGUCAGAGCAGGGAGCGAGCGAGGCAGGAGGUGAAGGAGGAGGAGAAGCAGCAGAUGAAGGAGGGGCUGAGGGCUGCGCUGGAGGAGAUGGCCACGCUGAAACUCCUCCUGCAGGAGAGCCAUGCAGAGGGGGAGCGUCUGAGGAGCGCCCUGAAGGAGGAGAAGAAGGGGGAGAGGAUCAGAGAGGAGAACCUGAGGACUGUCAGGGAGGAGGUGUGGGAGAAGGAAAGAGGAGAGGUGGAGGAGCUGAGAGCAAGAGCCAAGGCCCUAGAGAGGAGGAGGAGGGAGGUGAUGGAGGAUCUUGAGGAGGCUCGACGAGCUAAUGAGAAGGCAGAGGAGGAGAGGAGGGAGGUGGAGGAGCGGUGGAAGAGCAGAGUGGGAAAGAUGGAGGAGGACCAGGAGCUGAAGCUGAAGGCUCUGCGGAGACAAAUCCAGAUGCUGAAGGAGAGACUGGAGGAGGUAGAGCAGGAGUGGAGGUUCAGGGUGGAGGAGAGAGAGAGGGAGGUGAAGGAGGCAAGGAUGGAGUCGCAGGAGAGCCGGGCUGAGCUGAGCCAGGUCAGAGCCACGGCGGCCAUGUUGGAGGAGCAGAAAGCACAGAUCUCCUCACUGGCUGCUGAGAGAGCAAGGGAAGCUGAGAGACUGAGAGAGAGGGAGGAGGAGGUGGAGGAGAGAGAGGAGACGGACAAAUGGAGGGGGAGGAGGACGAGAAGGAGGAAAGACCAAGAGACAGAAGAGGUGUACCGUCUGACUCAGAGGACAGAGGAGCUGGAGGAGGACAGGGAUCGAGUCCGCUCGGCUCUGGAGCGAACCGAGGCGGUUAUGAUUGGCUACAGGGAGAGAGCCCACAAACAGGCGCAGAGCCCGGGGGCAGGGUUUAACCUAGACGAGCAGGGUGUGGGGGACAGACUGGUGGUCCUGCAGCGUCUGGUGGCUGAACUGGAGCUGGAACAGAAACGUCUCAACAAGAAGAACUGUCAUCUGGAAACUCAGAAAGACAAGCUGAAGAAAGACAGAAACACACUGAGAGACACUCUGAGACAGGUGGAGGAGGAGCGUUCGAGGCUCAGGCAGCAGCUGAUUGACAGCUGCAGACCUCAGGAGUCUACGGACACCACAGAAGAAGAGCGCCUGAGGAGCCAAGUGAGGGAGCUGGAGGACCAGGUGAGUCAGCUCCGUCUCUCAUUGGCUGUGGAUCAGCAGCAGAGGGCGGAGUUUAUCCAGCAGUCCUCCAGAAACAGCCAGUGGCUGCUGUCUCUGAGACACGACCUCAGUGAUUCGCUGGCCACUGUCACACGCCGUCCGAUCCCAUCCGUCCUUGAGUCUGAGACACAGCGACUGGACCGCAGCCUGAGGGAGGAGGAGCUUAAGAUGUCCCUCAGCCAAUCAUAACGCCUGAAAAAUAAAAACUCUUGACCGAAGCUUCUGACCAAAAACUUUAAACCUACACACGCUCAAAGACAAUCUGCUGUCGCGUUGCUAUGGAAACAGUUGUUUUUUUUUAAAGGACAUUAAACCGUAUAAAGUUUAGAGCUGUCCGAUUGGCUGUUUGCACCGGUCGUCCUCUCUGUUCGGCCUGACCUCCCUCAGACGUGACGUUUGUUCUGUGAACAGACAGACCAGUUAACUGUGGAACGUCAGAACCAGUCAGGCCAGUUAUUUAUGUCAUGUACCAGUUUACUGGGUUGUUCGUUUUGUGUUUAUAUUUUAAUUCUGUUUCCUUUUGUCAGUUUGAAUAAUAAGUCAAACCCCCAACCCAUGGCACACUACAUUUCCCAUGAUUCUUCAGUCUGAGCUGUGAGUCUGAAGGUCAGAGGUCAACUGUUUGUGUAAAGUUCAUUAAAGUUUUUACA